UUCAAUCCAACUCCACCAUGAGACACCUGAUGAUCUUAGCAGUUUUUAUUGCCCUAACCUCAGGAGUUCCUCAAAAGAAAGUGGAUCCUGCAAAAGACAUCAAAUUCGACGAUCCUGUCCCUGAAGAUGAAGCACGUCAUGCAGUUGAAGAAGACAGGCAUUUCAAUGAGGCAGGACAACAUAAAAACUAUCAUCAAAGAAACUUAGACCACAUCAGCCAACAUUUGGCUCAGUAUGAACACAAUCUGCUUCAUCGAGCCCAAGCUUUAGCUGAGCGUGAGGACGUUUUGGCUCAGCGAGAACAAGCUUUGACUCAGCACCUCCUGGCUCCUACCCCCGUGGCUCCCCGUGGUAAGCAAACCUACCUACUGGUAUCUCUACCCCAGUCUGAUGUCAUCCCCGUCAAGCCCGGAGCUCUGUACGACCCUCACGUCAAGAAACACCUCUUCACUACUGGUCAUCAUUGAGUGGAUUGGGUAAUAUGGUCGAUAAUGCUUUGAUAUGUAUAAUCUCCCACUAAAGAACAACUUGUAAAUUAACUGGGUCACUUUAUCAUAAAAAUGUAGUAGUUAAAUGUCUUAAUCAGCUUUACAAAACAAUAAACAAGCUUGUAAGGGUUCACUUAUGUUCUAUAUGUGGUGAUUGGCGAUCAGAUUUGAAUAAAUUCCUAUUUAUUUAAAGAGCAAUUUCUGAUUAUGUAGUCUUUUGGCAGUCUUUGUCGAGGCUAACUAUCAAUCAUGGAUAAAUAAUGUAAUGUUUGUUCGAGAUGAGAUUGCCUUUAAAUUCAUAGUGCCUAGAUGCAAUAAAAUAUGUAUAAACUUUUAUAAAAUAAAGAUUUCUGUUUUAAAA